AGAAAAGUUUUUGCUCAGUCGGAAAUCUUCUUCGAACGUUAAAAAAUGGAUCGGUAGCUAAAAGAGAUAAUUUAAAGCGAAAAACGCAAAGAAAACGGCUUUUGUCCGCUAUUUCAGCGAUUUUUUUUGUGUUGUAAUCUGCAGAAAAAUUUUAAAAACAACAGCUACAACGACCAAACACCACCACCAGUUAGUCCCAGGCAAUAACCAACAGCAAUUUUUACAAUAUCUAAUUAAAAAAUUUUACUGCAACUACAUACACUCGUACAUACACAUACAACCAACGACCACCACAAUCAAGCCCAAUAGCCACACAACAAAAAGGAAAGGUGGAAAGCGCAAAAAGGCAAAAUAUUCGAAACGGAAAAUAAAGAAGAAUAUUCCACCAUAUUUUCGCUCGCUUUUUCCUCCAAGUGUGUGAUGAGCAAAAUCUGUAGCCAAAAAACUAACAACAACUUCAUCAGCCACAACAACAACCGACCGACCGAGCAGCGCAGCGCAGUCAAAAGUCCAGCAGCGUUAGCAGUAGCACCACCAGCUGCCGAAAAAAGUUAUUUCUUGGCAAAGUAAAUUUCCUGCGACAAUUUCUUGAUGCUGCUGCGCAAUUUGCAACGACGCCGACUGCACUUACAACAACAACAAUAGCCAUUGCAGUAGCAAGAAUUCAAAACACCCAACUAAAUAUCUUGGCAGAGCAGCGGCUGCGAAAAAUCUUUAAGCAGCCACCAUUUUGAAUGAGCGCAACAGCGACAGCAACAACAAAAGCAACUAGCGCCGUCGUCGCCGCAACAGUAGAAAGAGCGAGAAGGAGAGAGAUAGAGAACAGCCGCAGCGCAGCAGCAGAAGUAGCAGCAGUGACGUUGACGUCAACGUUGUUUCUUAUUAGCGCUGUGCAAGAACAACAGCUACAACAAUAACAACGCGUUGCAGCCAUUUGUCAGGAAAAAAAUAUUCUUCAAAGCUGCGUCUGAGUUGAAAAGCAGAAUAGACUGUGUGAGUGCCUAAUUCCGAUUGCCAAAAAAGAAGAAAACUAUAGAGAAGAGCGAAGAGAAAAAUUACAAUGGUUGAACGAAUUUUGGAGGAGCAAAAUGCCAGCACAGCUGCUACGGCUGCUGCCAAGCUUCGACGCAACGCCGGCAACGCCAACUGCACCAACAACAACGCGAGCGGCUCUGGCGACAGCGGCGUGGGCGGCAGCAAUGUUUCUUGCAGCAACAGCUGCAGCCAAAGUCAAUCAGACGGUCAGAAUGAAUUGACGCGCUACAGCAGCGAAGAUGUGUCCGGGAAUGAGUCGAGCGAAGCGCCCAACAUGACGGAGAUGGAGCGACAGGCUGAACUCAAUCGGCACAAGGAGGAGAUGCAGAAGAAGAGGCGCAAGAAACGCAUCAGCUCAUCGCUGCACUCGUCAACCUUUCAAGAGCUGUACAAGUUGACCGGCGAAAUACUCGGCGAGGGAGCGUAUGCAUCGGUGCAGACGUGCGUUAACAUCUACACCGAUCUGGAGUAUGCUGUGAAGGUAAUCGAUAAGAUACCGGGACAUGCGCGUGCGCGUGUCUUUCGUGAAGUGGAGACAUUCCAUCACUGUCAGGGACAUCCGGGCAUCUUGCAAUUGAUUGAAUUCUUCGAGGAUGAUGAGAAAUUCUAUUUGGUGUUUGAGAAAAUCAAUGGCGGCCCAUUGCUCACGCGCAUCCAGGAGCACAUCUGUUUCUCGGAGCGCGAGGCGGCGCAGAUCAUCAAGGAGAUUGCGUCCGGUUUGGAUUUUCUGCACAAGAAGGGUAUUGCUCAUCGCGAUCUCAAGCCGGAGAAUAUACUGUGCGUCAACACCGAUUCGCUGUGCCCCAUUAAGAUUUGUGAUUUCGACCUGGGCUCCGGCAUUAAGUUCACCACGGACAUCUCAUCGCCAGCCGCGACGCCUCAGCUUUUGACACCAGUCGGCAGCGCCGAGUUUAUGGCGCCCGAAGUAGUCGAUCUGUUUGUGGGCGAGGCCAACUAUUACGAUAAGCGUUGCGAUCUGUGGUCCUUGGGCGUUAUUGCGUAUAUUUUGCUUUGUGGCUAUCCGCCCUUUUCGGGCAAUUGCGGCGAGGAUUGCGGCUGGAAUCGCGGUGAAAACUGUCGCACUUGCCAGGAGUUGCUCUUCGAGUCCAUUCAAGAGGGACGUUUUUCAUUUCCGGAGGCCGAAUGGCACGAUGUCAGCGAUGAGGCCAAAGAACUAAUUUGUGGUCUUUUGGUUAAGGAGGCAUCCAAGCGUCUCAGUGCCGAGGCAGUGCUUAAUCAUACCUGGAUUCGUAUGUGUGAGAAGGAGCCACACGCCAGCAAUAAGCAGGCAUCCCGCCACAAGGCGCUGCAAACGCCCAACAACAUUCGGCGCAAUCAUCAGUCGGCACGCGAGAUAUCGCAGUUUGCCGAGUCCGCAAUGGCCGUGAAACGAGUGAUCCUGCAACACUUCUCGAUGCGCUACGAUUACAUGAAGGAGCGCCCGAAUAUCUAUCAACCCUCGCAGGCGUACAUCGAUGCUUACAGCGAUGAGAACUACAAUCCAAAGCCACCGGCGCAUUUCACUCGCAGUCGCUCGCAACGCAACGCAACAGCGGCUGCAUCCUCAUCCAGCUAUGGCGGUCGCUUGUCGACGGCACAGCAAAUGCAGCGCAACGUCAGCACUCAUGCCCCCCCGAGUCGUCAAUCGUCGCGGAAUGCGUCGAGCGUCUUCAACAAUAGCGGCGGCUUCAAGACUCUGAAUGUCCAUGAGGAGGACGACGAUGAUGAGGAAGCUCUGGAGGCAUUUGGACGCCUCGAUGAGGGUGUGGACGAUGAGUGGGCGCAGUCUACUCGUCGAUAUCAGCAGGAACGCGAGCAACAGCAGCGUGCAGCGGCAAAUGGCAGCUGCAGUGAGGCUGAGGCUGAGGAGGAAGACGAUGAUGAAUCGUAUGAGAUGGGAGAGAGAGAGGGCGAGGACUUGCAGCAUUAUAAGCAUUACUGGCGUGAGCUGGACGAGGAUGAUGGUGACGAUUACUUGUAUGAGCAGCAACAGCAGCGUGAGGAUGACAUUGAAGAAGAAGAAGAUGAAGAGUACGACGAGGAGGGAAGAGAUAAAGAUUGGGAGGAGGAGGAAAAGCUGAAGAAUGAAGCCGACAAUCGAAACAAACAACAAUUUGGCGUUGAAAGAGAUGUAAUGAACGGAGAGCAGAAGGUAGCAGAGACGGAAGAUUAUGACGAAGAGAAUGAGAAGGAGAAACUUAUUAUUGAUAAUAUGGGAAAAUCAAAGCAAAGCGAAUUUGCUACACCAACAACAAUGCGCAACAAUGCGCAGGAGAUGGAGAUAGAAAGUGUUAAGAAUGAUGAGGCCAAGAAGAAGAAGAAGCAAGAGGAGAAUGACGAUGUUGAUGGGGCUCUAUGGCAACGACCAACAUCAAGUGAUAUUAGUGCUACCACAAUCACCGCAAACGCAACCGCAACAGCAACCGAAAGCAACAACAGCAGCAGCAGCAACAAAAUGCAAACAACACCAGUUACAACUACAACACAGAUGAAUGGCAAAAGCGGCGAACAGCAAAUUGAAACUGGCAAUGAUAAGGAUAACGAUUAUGAUAAUGAUAAAGAUAUUGAUGAUAACGAUGAUGAGAAGAGAGAUGAUGUUAAACUAUUGGAUAGUAUUAGUGAUUUAAAUGAAAAGCUACCUGAAAUUUAUGAGACUGCAAAAAUUGUUGUCAACUCAGCGGCAGUGCAAGAAGCAGCAACAACAACAGCAACAGCUAAACCAACAACAGCAGGAACAGCAUCAAGAGCAACAACAUGCCCACCAAACGAUAAUGAUAACGAUAAAGAUAACGAUAAUGAUAACGAUAAUGAUGAUGAUAACAAAGAAUAUGAUUUGAAUGCGUUGAAGAACGUACCGACGACUGCAGCUGACGCGACAACAAUGCGAACGACUUUUGGCAACCAACAACAGCAACCGAAAUAUCAACAACAACAACAGCCACAAAAACCGGCAGCAGGAAGUAACACCAACAAUAGGCAACAACGCAAUGUUUGUUUUGCAACGGACGUAUAUCAGAAUGACGAGGACGCCGACAUAGACGAGGAGGACGACAACUACGACGAUGUGGGCACGGCACACACUACUCGCAAGCAGCGCCAACAGCAGCAUCAUCGCUACAUUGCGCCACGCGGCGAGUCCACGGAGAAUUGGCGCUAUCGCAGCCAUCAAUCGGAGCAGCCGCAGCAGCAUUCGAUUGCCGGCGGUUAUCGCAAGUACCGUCCACCGUUCAGCACUGGCGGCGGUGGCGGACACUACGGCAAUCAGCAGCGCAACUAUUUGGGCAGCUUCUCGCACAGCGGCGGCGCCGCUGGCUACAAGGUGGCACCACCACCGCCGAAUCCGCUGCCGGUGCUCAAGCACCACCAGCAUCGUCACAAUAGUGCCGGCAGCAGCAGCGGCAGCGGCGGCUCACCGCCAUCGGAUGAGCAAUCCACGCUGCCCGGUUCGCAGAUACGCAAUUGGCGACAGGAUUGUGUCUAUGCCCCAACAAUGCGCGGCUGCGGCAUGAAUCAGUCAAGGAGCAUGCAGCGUUCGCAGCACCAACACCAGCAGCAGCAGCAGCAACAACAGCAGCAGCAGCAGGGACGCAUUGGCUCCGGUCGCUUUGUGCACUCGUCUCAGGUGCCGCCGCAUUUGCUGGAGAAGGCGCCAGCUGUCAAUGUUGGCAUGGGCCUAUCGUCGCCCAGCGAGAGUCUCUUGCUGCAGAGACGCAUGCGUCAGCAGCAGCGACCCGGCGACCAUCUGGCAGAGUACUGUGAGCCCGCCACAGCAAGUGGCUAAGCGGUGUCCGUCUCGAAGCGUAUAAAAGCCAACAAGCAGCAGCUGUGAGCAGGCGCCGCAGCAAAGCUUCCAGAAUGGAUUUGGUCCCUCAAAUUGGGUGGCCAAAGAUAGAUGGUAAAAAAACCAAAACAUGUGGCGUCCUGGCCAAGAACAUUAAAAAAAUGUUUCCUUUUUUGUAUAACUUUUUACAUACACACACUUACACACAUACAUACAAUCAUAUACAUACCCACAUUUUACACAUACACAUGUACAAUCAUAAGCAAACUAUAAGAGUAUAAUUUGCCACAAUUUCCUCAUUCGAUACACUUUACAACAAAGCAAAAAUGUAAACAAAAAGAAACUACUUAAAAUUCCGUCUAAUUUUAAUGCAGAUCAAAAAUUGUGUUGAAAUCAUAAAAAGAAGCUGUUUAAGAUAUUUGUAGCAACAACAACUAAAAUAACAACAACAACAACAACACCAACUAACCAAACAGUCGUUCGAAAACCAACAAAAAACCUUUUUUUAUAAAAAAGAUUUAAAAAGAAACCAUGUAAUUAAUCGCUAUAAUUUUUUAUUAUGAAAAUAAAAACAAAAGCAUAAAAGGAAGCAAAGGAAAAUGUGUUAAAAACGAAAGAAAGAAAUCAACUAAAAAACAAUUGUUUUUGGUAAAAGAACUAAAGUAAAAAAAACUGCAACAGUUGUCGCCAAAAAUGUAGACUUUUUGUGCUUUUCUGUUAACUAAGUCAAAAGUUGUUGCAUAUUUUUAUUUUGGCUGAACAUCGAUUAAUAUUAUAAACAAUUAAGAAUUUUGAAUACCGAAAACCCAAAAUGUACAACAAAAAGAAAUCACUGUUGAAAUUUUGAUAACAAAAAAAACCAAAAAAAGAAUAGAGAAGAGAAGGCGAUUGUAAUUUUCCAUUAUUUUCAUAUCAUUUAACCGAAAUUGUUACAAAAAUGCAUUAAGAAAAAAGUGAAACAAUGUUAAGAUCAAGUGCAGAAAGUUGAGUUACAUUUGUAAAAAUGCAAGAGACCCAAUAUUAAAUGGGUUAAUUACAUUAAAAAUACACAUACACUCUCUCACACACACAAACAAAUACACACACACACAUGAUGUGUGUCAAAGUUGGUUUACAAAAAACGUCCCAAUAUUUGUGAAGCAAUUGCAAUUUAUGCGUUAAAUUGGAAUGGCUUAAUAAAUAAUUUGGCGAUUGCUUGAAACUUUUUUUGGAACACAUUUCAAACUCAAUGUGCGUUAAAUAUUUAUGUUAAACAAAUAAAUUUCUCAUUCCUUUUGCAUAAAUGUUGAGCACAUAUUGAGAGCUCUAGCCUUAAAACUGUCAACUAAAAUUCUAAUUCUAAACGAGUUGUUGCUGCAGCUGUUUCAAUUGGAUAAGCGAAACGAUUGCACUAAUAACUCAAUAUUUUCCAUCUAUUUUUCUAUACACAUACAAAACACACACACACACAUAUGCAGAGAGACACUUUUCUUAAUAAGCAGAGGGAAUUCUUGACAUUAUAAGUUGCUCAACAAAUCGUUUGCUGGGCGUAAAUAUAUGAAAUUGAAAAGAGAGAAGAAUGUGUUAAUAACAACGUGAAAAUAAUGAUUGUAAUAAUAAUAACAAAAAUUGUGAUAUAAAAUGUAAAUGUAAAUUGCACCUGAAGAAAAACUAUCAACAGACGCUGUGCCAUCAACAACAACAACAACAACCACAAGUUGAAACAACUACAUAACAUUAAACAUUAAUAAUAAAACAAUCUGCAGUGGAACGUAGCAGUUGUUGUAGUACCAGGAGAAAGAGUCUAUAACGAGAUGCGUUUUAUUAUUAUUAUAUUUUGUGUUUUUGGAUUUCUUUGUUUUGUUUGUUUACGCCCCACAAAAUCAAAUGUCAGAAUGCUUUGCGCCUCAACAAAUUGUAUGCAUACAUACAUACAUAAGAACAUACUUCUAUUUUUCCAACAAACAAAACUGUAACAAAAAAAUUUAAAGAAAAAAAAAAAUCAAAAAACAAACAAAAAAAUUAAAAACAAUUUAAAUACUUCCACAAAGAAAGAAAAGAGAAACUAUUGCAAUGCAUAGAAUACAAAAAAAAAAACAACAACCUAAUAAUAUUUAAAGUUUAACAGAGACACACAACAUUUAA